CCUCCACAGAUCAAACAGGAAGAAGAAGAACCAGAACCUCCACAGAUCAAACAGGAAGAAGAAGAACCAGAACCUCCACAGAUCAAACAGGAAGAAGAAGAACCAGAACCUCCACAGAUGGAGGAACAGGAGGUUCUGGGUACCAGGCAGGAGGGAGAGCAGCUUAUUCUUAAGUUUGAGAGUGAAAGUGACCUGAGAGAACCAGAAGAAGUACGGGACACUGAGCAGCUCCUCUCUCAGGACUCUGAAGGUGAAAAGCUUUGUGAGGAAACAUGUGGUGAACCUGUCCGCAAAAAAACAAAAAUACAUCCAAAGGCAGGAGCGGACACUGACAAGAGGAAAACUUGCGAAACAUGUGGGAAAAGUUUACGUGAUCAGAGCUCUUUAUUGGUCCACAUGAGAUCUCACACAGGUGAGAAGCCGUUUCCUUGUGAAACAUGUGGGAAAAGUUUCACUCGUCAGAGUACUUUGUUAGUCCACAUAAGAUCUCACACAGGUGAGAAGCCAUAUCCUUGUGAAAUAUGUGGGAAAUGUUUUAUUAACCGGAGUCAUUUGUUGGUCCACAUGAGAUCUCACACAGGUGAGAAGCCAUAUCCUUGUGAAACAUGUGGGAAAAGUUUCAGUCAAAAGAACGCUUUAUUGGUCCACAACAGAUCUCACACAGGUGAGAAGCCAUAUCCUUGUGAAACAUGUGGGAAAAGUUUCAGUCAAAAGAAUGCUUUAUUGGUCCACAACAGAUGUCACACAGGUGAGAAGCCAUAUCCUUGUGAAACAUGUGGGAAAAGUUUCAUUGACCGGAGUUAUUUGUUGCGCCACAUGAGAUCUCACACAGGUGAGAGGCCAUAUCCUUGUGAAACCUGUGGAAAACGUUUCAGUCGUCAGAGUGCUUUAUUGGAUCACAUGAGAUCUCACACAGGUGAGAAGCCGCAUCCUUGUGAAACAUGUGGGAAAACUUUCAUUACCCAGACUCAGUUGUUGCGCCACAUGAGAUCUCACACAGGUGAGAAGCCAUAUCCUUGUGAAACAUGUGGGAAAAGUUUCGAUAAACGGAGUCAUUUGUUGGCUCACACGAGAUCUCACACAGGUGAGAAGCCGUAUCCUUGUGAAACAUGUGGGAAAAGUUUCAGUCGUAACAGUCAUUUGUUGCGUCACAUAAGAUCUCACACAGGUGAGAAGCCAUAUCCUUGUGAAACAUGUGACAAAAGUUUCAUUACCCGGAGUUAUCUGUUGCGCCACAUGAGAUCUCACACAGGUGAGAAGCCAUAUCCUUGUGAAACAUGCAGAAAAAGUUUCAGUCGUCGGAGUGCUUUAUUGGUCCACAAGAGAUCUCACACAGGUGAGAAGCCAUAUCGUGAAACGUGGUAAAAGUUUCGGUCAUCGUUCAUUGCUGCACCACAUGAAAAUUCACUUGGAGAUGAGGUGAUGAAAGAUUAUCGAAGAUCUCAUUGGCCCAGUUUACAAGCGUCUUUUUUCAUUGAAAACAAUCUUAUUAAACGUAGUUGUAAACAUGUACGGCUUACAAAGCGAACCACGAUCAAUCCUCAUUUACAAGGGUCCUGGGUGAAGCGGAUUAUACUUCGUCCUAUGACAUACGCACAAAAUCUCUUGCUGAACUUUCAGGUCUUUCGCUUUGCAGCCAUCAGUCCUCAGUGCCGAGCAGAGUGUUUUUAUCUGCUGGAUAACUGCUCAAAAAAUAUUCCAACAUCUCCAUGAUACGUUGCUCAGAGAGCUCCUCCCCCAACCAGAGUCCCGCCCUGCCGGCACAUCCCGGUGUAAAGCACCGGGGCUCAGCUCUGCCGAUGUUUCGAAUUAACUGGUGUCCUUGUUAAGUUGUGACCAACAGAUGUUGAAAUACCGACUGAAACUUAAGUGAUGCUGGCAAACGGUCAUCUACAUUUACGGCAUGUGUUUACACGGAAGUCCACCGUCACUCGUUAACAUGGGAACCAGCUAAUCCAGAGCACCGGCUGUUCGGACUGCUCGUAGUGUGCCUUGGAGCUCUUUGAACAACUCGCUGCUGUGUGAUUUGUGGCUGUCUCGCCUCUCUAGUGUUUGUUCUCCUGGGGUUGUUAUUAAAAACGUGUUUCUCAACCACCGUCCAGUUUUUCUUCUUGUUUUUGACUGUCCUGCUUCCCGUUUACUGUGCACAUCAUCACGUCACUACGUUUGAAGGAGCGCAUGUGUGGAACAAAUAAUCCCCCGUUUAUUCAGUUCCGCUGUCAGUGUUUGUAUGAGACCCAGAGUGGAUUAGAUCAGUGCAGAAUACCUCGUACAAUCGGAUCUGAAAUACAAUCCACUCCGAGUGAAACAGAUCUACUCGGUGUUUAUCUGACACAUCAAUCCGCUUCACCUACGUUCCGAUUGUACGGGUCGCAUGUAAACAUGGCCAUUGAGGAAGUUCAUCUGUAGCUCCAAAUCAUUAAACAUCACCAGUUUAACCCUGUUCAGACUGUUCAAGUGUUUUUUGUGUAAAAAUGUGUUUUUCAGAAAUAGCAAUAAAAUG